AUCAAGAACAUAAGUUGUAAGGUCACAAUAAUAAUUUUUAAUGAGAUAUAUUUCAUUGAAGCUGGACAUUUUUCUAAAACAUCAUCAGUAAAUUUUACCAUCGAGCAACUAAAAGAUUGUAUAAUUAUUUGUCUUUUUAAUAGCAUUAUACAUGGACCUGGUUUCAAAUAAUUUAGAAGUACUUAGAUUAGCUAAUCAUGAUUUCUCAUCAAUAUUAUAUUCUAAACUUAAUAAUAACAAUGAAAAUCUAUUCUAUUCUUCUCUAAGUAUACAUGUUGUUAUGUUAAUGGCUGGCAUGGGAGCGGCUACGCAGACUUUUAACGAAAUAUUUGAUACAAUACAAUUGCCUAAAAAUAAAAGUUUAAUUAAAUCAUAUGGAGAAUUAUUGAGCAACGUUGAUCAAAAAAAUGAUGUUUUAAAAUUAGCGAGUGGCAUUUUUAUUGAGAAAUCAUUCAAUUUAAAAAAAUCUUACCUGACAACUGUCACUAAAAACUUAAAUUCAUCGGUGAAUGAUUUAGAUUUCAUAAAUCAUCCAGAUGAUCAACGGAAUUUUAUUAAUCAGUGGGUAGAAAAUAAAACUGAUGGAAAAAUUAAAGAGCUGUUUGAUCCAGACUCAAUUGACAGUAAAACUGUUUUGGUUUUGACUAGCGCGUUACAUUUCAAAAGUAAUUGGAAAUAUGAAUUUAAUAUACCUACUACAGAACCAUUUAAUAUAUCACCUCAAAAAAAUUUACUUGUUUCAAUGAUGAAUCUUAAUGAAAAUUUAAAAUACUAUCAUGACCAAUCAUUAAAAUUCGCUGCAUUAGAAUUACCUUAUGAAAAUCAUAAAUUCAAAAUGAUAGUUUUACUGCCUGACGCCAAAGAUGGUUUAGCUAAUUUAGAAUUAAACCUAUCGAAAAUUAAAUUAGCCGAGCUCUUAAAUAAAUUGAAAUUGUAUAAUGUUGAUGUAAAAUUACCAAGAUUUAAAAUUGAACAAACUAUCGACUUAAAAACUGUAUUAUCUGAGAUUGGUUGUUCAACAAUGUUUACUCCCAAUGCUGAUUUUUCUGAAAUCUCUGACAUUCCAUUGAAAAUUAGUAAAGCUGUACAUAAAGCAUACAUUGAUAUCAAUGAAAAAGGAACAGAAGCCGCAGCUUCAACAGGUUUUACAUUUGUUCCUGAAAGUAUAAUUAUAUCAGAAACAAAAGAAAAAGUUGAGUUUUAUGCCGAUCAUCCAUUUAUAUUUACAAUCUGGUCUAAUAAAAAUGAUGUGCUGUUUAUGGGCCGUGUUAUUAAACCUUCUCAUUCUUUAAAUACAAACAAUGAAAAUUUAUUCUAUUCACCUCUAAGCAUACAUGUUGUUUUGCUUAUGGCUGGUAUUGGAGCGACUUCAAAAACCUCAGAUGAAAUAUUUGAUACGAUUCAUUUGCCAAGAAACAAAAGUUUGAUCGAGGCGUACGAUUAUUUGUUAAAUGACAUUGGACGAUACAGAAACUCUGCUAAUUUGGUUACCGGAAUGUUCGUUGAGAAAACAUUUAAAAUAAAGUCUAGUUAUGCUGAAAAAAUAAAAAAACAUUUGAAAUCGACCGUGGAAAACUUAGAUUUUAACAAAAAAUCGAAUGAUCAACGAAACUAUAUUAAUGAAUGGAUUAAAAAUAAGACUAACGGAAAAAUUAAUAAUCUAUUCCCUGCUGAUUCGAUUAAUGAAUCAACUGUGAUGGUAUUAACAAGCGCAUUACAUUUUAAGUGUCUUUGGAAUAAAAAAUUCUCUGCAACGAAUGAUGAACCAUUUUAUUCAGUGGGACAAAACGUCAUCGUAAAAAUGAUGUACCAACAAGCACCUUACAAUUAUUAUCAUGACAAAAAGUUAAAAUUCGCUGCUUUGGAUAUGCCUUACCGUAAUUUCUACUUCAAAAUGUUGAUUUUAUUGCCUGAUGCAAAAGAUGGUUUAAGUAAUUUAGAAAAUAAUUUGUCUAAGAUAAAUUUCAUUAAACUUUACAAAAAUAUGACAAAACAUGAUGUUGAUUUUAAAUUCCCAAAAUUCAAGAUCGAGCAAGAAAUUGAUCUCAAUCAUGUAUUGAAUAAACUUGGAUGUUCCACAAUGUUUACACCAAGUGCCGACUUUUCAGGAAUUACUGAUGUACCAAUAUUUGCUAAUAAAGCUUUCCAUAAAGCUUUCAUCGAUGUAGACGAAAAAGGAACAGAAGCUGCAGCUGCAUCACGUAUUGAGUGUCUGGAAGGCAGUGCAAUGCCAACUAUACUACCAAAAGCUCAAUUCCACGUUGACCAUCCUUUUAUUUUUGCUAUUUUAACUGAAAAAAAUGAUAUACUAUUUUUGGGAAAUCUUAAGAAACCAUAAAACUAAUUUAAUUUAUUAAUUUAAUGCUUGUCUGUAAUUAUAAUACUAACACUACGUAUAAUUA